UCUCUUUUCCCUUUCACAGCAAACUCUUUGAAACUUUCUCUUCUCUCCCACGCCUCUUCCACACGCCAGCCACAAUCCACAAUAAUAAUGGCUUUGAGAAAAUCAAGUAAACUUCCUCAAACAGCACUCAUCAAGCAAAUCCUCAAGAGGUGUUCGAGUUUAGGGAGGAAAGAUGAUCAAGGCCUCUUGGACGUGCCAAAGGGUCACUUUGUUGUAUAUGUUGGAGAAAACAGAAGCAGAUAUAUUGUUCCUAUUUCCUUCCUAAGUCGCCCUGAGUUCCAAACACUUCUCCACCAGGCUGAAGAAGAGUUUGGCUUUGAUCACGAAAAGGGUCUCACGAUUCCAUGUGAAGAGGACGUUUUUGAGUCUCUCACCUCCAUGCUCAGAUGAGAAACUUGCCUUACCACGUAUCGAUCAUUUUUCGUUUUCUUUUCUUUUUUUUUUUGAAGGAGAGGAGAAAAUUAAUAGCUCAAGAUGAAGCUGCUUCACUGCUUCUCUUACUUGAUUUUCUCCAUUUCUUUUUCUUUAUAUAUAUGAGGUUUGUAUUUUAGAGAGACUCUAACCUCACGGAAUUAUGGUUUAGAUUGUAAAUGUACUAGAAAUUAAGCAGCAUUUUUUCCCACAGAGGUGAACGAUCGAGUAAAUGUGCCCUGUUGGAGAACUAAUUUAAAUGAUAGUAUAUAUUAUAUGUUGAACUCUUUGGGUUCUUUCUUUC